UGCAGUAUUUCAGAUAGAAUAACACCCAGUACUGAAACAAAAGCUGUGGGAAAUUUUGAAAAUCAAAAGUAAUGGGCAAACUAACAGGAUUUCUCAGCAAACUUGAAUUUCAGGAACAAUUAUGUUUGAAAAUAAAAUGCUUAAAAAUGUGAUUUAUGAGGAUUUGGACAUGCAAACUUUAACCAUGUAGCAGUAUAUAAUUAUAUAUUUUCUAUAUUUAAGGAUAUGAAUAUUUCUAAAAUAAAACUUUUAGAUAUUCUGGGUCUUUUAAGUAAAUCCGUUAACCCAAUUAAAACCUAAAUGACUGACAUCGGAGGGAGAAAGGAGGGAGUUAUUUCAUAUUGUUGUAUUAAAAUGUGUGUAAUCUUUCAGGUGUGCUUUGGAAGUAAAUGAUAUAAAAUGUUGCACAUAAGGGUUUUUUAUUAGCAGCUUAAAUUCUAAAAUAAAACAUCCUUAAUCUAUUAAAAUAGUGCAAUCAAUAUCACAUUGUUAUAUCAAGGACUUAUUUUUCAUAUUUUCUAUUAUGAUUAUGUCAAGAUGAGUUGAAAGCAAGUUAAAAUGAGUUUGUAAUUUGUACAUGCAAAUACAAGUAAAAUAGCCUAUUCAAAACUUUCCUGAAAAGCGUAUCCAAACGUACCUUGCUGAAAACGGUCAGCGGACUAGUGUAGCUGUUCGUAACAUACAGAUGGAUUCAUGUCAUGAAGCACCAAUCAUCGCUGCGUGAACGCGCAUGCGCAGGAGGACCACUAUUUUUGGUAGCAACAGAAGCUAAUGGAAAGAGACGAUCGUCAGUUAUAAAGCCACCCAGAUGGAGCUUCUUCAGCAGAAUGUGGCGGCUGCGGGACGGGUGAUCAUGGAUGUGAUCCAGGCUGAAUGGGAGCCGCUGUCUCACUGGGAGCUGGACCAGCGGCUGGACCGCGCUGUGGAGGAGAUGAUCGAGGCUGACCUAGUGGCGCAGGUUCAGGAGCAGAUGAACUCCGCUCAACAGGAGGACUCAUCAGCAGAUCAGACACACACUCCAAAGCACUCAGAGCCCAAGCAGCCCGUUCAAGAGUCUGCCUUACAGCGUUCACAUGCCACUGAAGUCAUGGAGGCAAAUCCCACCGUUCAGUAUGUGACCAAUUUUCUGCAGAGCUCCAACAUGGGCUUCAGCAAAAACCGCAUGUCUGGAAGAGCUCGACUGUCCAUGUCUCACACUGUCCUACUGUCCCUCACCCUCCUUUCCAAACGUGUCAGCUAUCGCAGCGUGUCCUCCAGUUUCCAUCUGGAGAAGGGAAAUAUUCACAGGAUCUUCUUUUCCUUCUGUGAUCAAGUGAUCGCACAGCAGAAUCGUAUCAUUCAGUGGCCUACAGGACAGGAGGCCCUACAAAAUCUACUCCCUUUCUCCAGCUGGCACAGUCGCAGUGAGGGUCUGGAAGAGAGAGGUCUUCCUAGAGUACUCGGGGUGCUGGGCGACACGCGCAUCCCUAUACGCCUUCCCUCGGGAAAACCAGACAAUGAAACGGAUGCUCCGGACGCCAAAAGACCUAAGAGUGAAGUGCAUCCAGAUUCAUGGCUAAACUUGGAGCUGGUGUGCAACAGCAACGGACGCUUCAUUUACUGCCAUAUCAGCAAAGGCUCAGAAAGUGACAGAGGAAAAACGUUGACUGAAAGGCUCCAGAAACACCCUGAGAUGGUUCCUCCGGGAGCCUGUCUAAUAGCUGGAGUCGGACAUCCACUCACUGAACAAAUACUUACUCCAUUUUCAACCGGUCGAAGUCCACAGGAAAACCUCUACAACAGAGCGCUGGGGAACCAUUUGGGCCGAUUCAACCAGGCGGUGGCAGACCUGAAGGAGCGAUUCCAGAAGCUGAGGUAUUUGGAUAUGGGGAACUUUGAAAGGGCAAAGACUGUGGUUCUGACAGCUUGUGUUUUGCACAAUGUUUUCCUGGACAUGGGGGACGUGACAAAGGGACUGAUAGAGAAAAGCGCAGUGGAAGAUGUGGAGGAGCUUAACCAAGAUGCUGCUGGGGUGAAAAUGAGGGAGACUGUGGCCAACCUUCUUUAUAGCUCACUGGAAGAGGGGACGCUAUAAGAUUUUGACACUAAUUUGCAUAUUUAAAGGAACAACAAACCCAAAUUGAAUGUUUUGUCAUUUGAUCGCUUCGUGACUUCAUCUUCAUAAACUGUUUUUAUUUUGUUUAUUCACUAAAAGUCCUUGCAGCCAAAAUCUUCACACAUUAAACAAACUGACAAAAAACGUUACUACUAAUGUUAUGAAUAUAAUUGAACUGUUUGAUGCAAGUCUGCUGAUAAGUAGGGACGGCUGACGUGACACAGUGUCGAGAUCCCGAAUCGCUAGUGUUUCAAAAAACUGCAUCGACGCAUGAUCCGAAACACCUGGUCACGUGACUAAAAUGAUUCAAAGCACCCAGGUCACGUGACUAAAGCAAUUCGAAGCAUCGGACAUUUCAGAAGCAUUUCAAGACCUGGCGAAUCUGCGUUUGGUUGACAGGGUAGGGAAAACCCUCUAUUUGAUGUAGCCUAGUGGAACGUGCGUGUGCACAAAAUGUGCUGCAAAUGUCCUGAGUUCGAAUCCCGACUUGCACAAAUACUCAGAAAUUGUCACUUGAUGUAUUUUAAUAAUCUUAAUUUUCAUGACCAAAGCAAGACGUGUUUAUUCACAAAGUGCUUGUUUGGAUGUCAGAUCAAUGUUAAAACAAAAAACGUUAGAAGAACAGAGCAUUUAAAAACAAAUGUCUGUUGCUGCAUCAUCCUGGAUUUGAACCCAUUAUAUCUGCAUGCUAGUCAGGAACUCUCACCGCUACACUUAAUCACUUGAAAUAUCAAUUGUACAACAUAGGGUUUAAUAACUCAAUUUGCGUAAAUGUUUCUUUGCUGAAGCUGUUCCAGAGUAAUACAUAACAGAUGACCACUAGGUGUCACUGUAGAGACAGGUUUUAAAAUGCUUCGACACAAUUGCUUCAACUCUUUCAGUGUUUCAUGCAGCUUUGCUCUGCUCACCACUACUGAUAAGUUGAGUUUUACCAUUUUUUUUAAUUCAUGAAGUUGCUCUACAGGUCUGGCGGAAGCACUUUUAGCUUAGCUUAGCAUAGAUAAUGGAAUCUGAUUAGACCUUUAGCAUCUUGCUCAAAAAAAAGUUUAGAUAAUUUCAUAUUUAAAGCUUGACUCUUCUGUAGUUACAUUGUUUACUAAGACCGACAGAAAAUUAAAAGUUGCUGUUUUAAUUUUUCGUUAGCCUUACAUAAGAUGCUAACGGUUUAAUCCGAUUCAAUAAUUUAUUCUGAGCUAAAAGUGCUCCCGCUAGAUCAGUGGUCUCAAACUCAGUUCCUGAAGGGCCGUAGCUCUGCGUAAUUUAGCUUCAACCAUCUCCAACUCACACCUGCUUAAUAGUUUAUAGUCUUGAACAUCUUGAUUAUUUGGAUCAGUUGUGUUUGAUUAGGGUUGGAACAAAACUGUCAAUCAGGAAUUCCAAAACAGGAAUCGAGAUUGAGACCUAUCAAUUUGAGACCUAUCAGACCUUACUCAGUUAACUGAAUUUGGUUAUUGACGAUUUGACACGAUCCAGGACCGUUUUGUUCUUCAAAACUCAUCUGAGAGUUGCAACAGGUCUGGUAGCUCAAACCUGCUUGGGAGCAGGCGUAUUUCACAUAAACAGGAUUAGAUCGGGUCAUUUCAAGCAAAAGUAAUAUUGAAAGUAUGUGCCGAAUUCUGUUGUUUUCUUACAGUAAUAGUUGUA